CGGCGGUGACAAGUGCAAACAAGAUGUUCGCGAUACAGGCCACUUACCUAGGGGACCAAUGUGGUGGUACCCCGUACGCUAUCACGGUCUACGAGGAUGAAAACUGUACCGCCACAGCGUGUGAUUCGUACGACCUCGACUAUGGUUCUCGUGCUAUCAACGCCAAUAUGAUGACGAAUGAUUGCUCCUCGAACUACAGCGAGCUCCUGCUGAUCAUGCGAGACAAGUUCGGCAACUCCCCGUACCUGCUUCAGACACUUCACAUCGACGAGAACUGUACCGAGUUCGCAAUGGCUUUCGGGUACCCAGCAAUGGGUGCCUGUGUCGGUGCUUACAACGAGUCUGACGGCCUGUACGCCGUUGCGAGUCUCGACACGAACGGCUCGGCGUCUCUCAAAUUGUACCUCGAGAGAACGUGCUUUGCCAACCAACAGUACAUGGCGACGUUCGUGUCUCAAGAGGAACUCGCGACGCAUUCGUGUACUAUCGAUUGGUUCCGAUGGUACAGUAGUAACGACGCCAAGGCCACGGCAGCUUCGGAACAAGGAAAUACCAGGAGUACUCUUAGCUCGGGGGCUCUUGCAGGUAUCGGAUUAGGAGGUUUUGGCUUUGCAGUGGUGCUUGUUGUCGCUGUCAUUGCUCGCAGACGUCAAGCUCGAUCUCGAGCACUAGACAAGCAGGAUCACUUCGAGUCAAGUAUGACCCCUACAACCGUUGACUCGCUCGAGCAGAUUCUUCGAGGACAAACGGGAUUGUGGAACGAUGAUGUCAUUACGGCUAAGCGUAUCCCGAGGGAUAAAGUGCAGACUGAGAAGCUCAUUAGUCGUGGGUCGUAUGGUGAGGUGUACGCUGGAACGUACAAUGAACGGAAAGUCGCAGUCAAGAUGUUGCUCCCUGCCAUGCGGGGCAGGAUCCAACAUGUCAAAGAUUUCUUAGCAGAAGCCAAGAUGACGGCAACGAUGGACCACCCGCAUGUUGUAGCUUUCAUUGGCGUCGCGUGGGACUCAUUGUCGGACAUUUGCGUCGUGCUCGAGUACAUGGACGGAGGAGAGUUACGAGCGUUGCUGGACAGGUACGAGAAGGACAAACACCCGAUCGGAUUCACCAGAGAGAAGACGACAAUUGCACUGGAAGUCUGCCACGCCCUGACUUAUCUUCACUCCCUGUCACCGUCGAUUAUCCACAGAGAUCUCAAGUCGAGGAAUAUUUUAUUAAGCAGUGAUAUGAAGGCGAAGCUUUCGGACUUUGGAAUAUCUCGAGAACGACUCGACAAAACUAUGACUGCUGGCGUUGGGACUUCUCUCUGGAUGGCGCCCGAAGUUAUGCUUGGCGAACGCUACGAUGACAAAGCGGAUGUGUUCUCUUUCGGGGUGGUGCUGUCUGAGUUGGACGUCCACUCGUUACCAUACGCUACAGCGAAGAAAGAGAAUUUAGACGCGAAGGGCAACCCCAUACCCGACUCAAUCUUGCUACAGCGAGUGGCGUUGGGCAUCGUGAAAGUCGAGUUUUCUGAUGCUUGUCCGGAGGCGAUAGUAGAGCUUGGUCGAGCGUGCACAUCGGUGUAUCCGACAGAGCGCCCCACUGCAGCAGAGGCACUGUACAAGCUCCAACUGAUUCUGUCGUUGAAAAACCUUCUCGGACUCAAUCGGCUACAGAAGUAAAUUAAUUAACUAGAAAUCAUGUGAAGAGCUCGGGAACUCAAGUACAGAUAUCUUGGUCGCUCUGCCAAGUGGAUGAGCUCAUACUUCAGAGUAGUAUUAAUACAGUCUGCACCGCCUAAAGGGACUCUCAAUGAUA